AAGAUGUCUGGUGAAGGUGUUGUUUAGACUGGAAGGUUCUGAGUGUUAUUUAUCGUGUUAUCUGGCCCCUGGAGGCAGUUUAAGCAGUGUUUAGGCAGUAUAUAAGGUGUUAUUAAGGUGAUGCAGAGUGUUAUUAACACAGUUAAGGGCAAGGCUCUGGGGGUGGCUGAGUACCUCACUCCUGUACUCAAGGAGUCGAGGUUCAAGGAGACCGGAGUACUGACCCCAGAGGAGUUCAUUGCUGCUGGUGACCACCUGGUCCAUCACUGUCCAACAUGGCACUGGGUCGCUGCUGACCUUAACAAGACCAAGUCUUACCUACCACACGACAAGCAGUUCCUUAUUACCAAGAAUGUUCCUUGUUAUAAGCGAUGUAAGCAGAUGGAGUACCGGAGUGAGCAGGAACUGGUGUUAGAGUCUGAAGGUGAUCCAGACGGUGGCUGGGUAGACACUCAUCACUACAGCGACUCAGCCAUACUGGAGGAGAAGGUGGCUGACAUGUCCUUAGAGGAUAAGAAAGCAAGCUCUACUGAAGAUGACGAGGAUGAUGAGGAAGAUGAGGAAGAUGCUGCAGAUAUGGAAGCUUUCGAAGAGUCGGGGAUGCUCGAGCAGGACGAUCCUAGCGUAAUCCAGACAUCAAAGAAAAGCAGCAUAGCGUUGAGCCCAGGCGGCAGCAUUGGUGACGGCGGAGAAAUUCUACAAACACGAACUUAUGACCUCCACAUAACUUACGACAAAUACUACCAGACGCCACGGCUCUGGUUGACGGGCUAUGACGAGAGUCGGCAACCGUUAACAGUGGAGGAAAUGUACGAGGACUUCAGCCAGGACCACGCUAACAAAACUGUUACCAUGGAGACCCAUCCACACCUUACUGGACCACCCAUGGCGUCGGUCCAUCCAUGCAGGCAUGCAGAGACGAUGAAGAAGAUCUGUGAGACGGUGCUGGAGGGCGGCGGAGAGCUGGGUGUUCAUCUGUAUCUCAUAGUCUUUCUGAAAUUUGUCCAGGCCAUUAUACCAACAAUUGAAUACGAUUAUACGUACACCUUCACACUCUAGCUGUCAACUUGCAACCUCUUAAGGUGUUCAGUACCAUCAGUUGAAUAUGAUCACACACUCUCACACACUAGAUGUCAACUUGCAACCUGUUGAUGUCUUCAAUAUCAUCAGUUCAAUAUGAUGAUACACACACACACAUACACACACACUAUCUCUCGCUCUCACACACACACACACACACACACUAGCUAUCAGUCUAUGUUCCUUCUUAAGAUCACCAUUAUCACCAAUUAUAAUAUACACAUAAGUGCUUUAGCUGUCAACAAUGUACGAACCCUCGUAAAGUUUGCAUCACCCGCUGCAAAUAUAAUUACACUAGCUCUUGGUAUAUAUUGAGUUGAGGUUUUCGAUUCCAAUAUUUAAAUAGGAUUACGCACAUUGAUAUUUGAGUUAGUAAUAUUUGCUUCUUGAAGUUUUCAUUAUCGACUGUUGUAUGUGGUUAUACAUUCCUGCUUUAGCUAGCAGUGUAUGUUCCAUUUUAAGCUUUGAAUAAAGUGAAAAUAAUGCAGAUGUAAAGUUAGCGUUCGUACCAAAAUAUGUCAUGAUAUAUAAAACCUGAAUAAUUCAUAAUAAUAUAUGGAAGCUGAAUAAUUACUGAUAUUAGUGAUAAUUCUGAUACUGUAUCACUUUAAAAUAUGAUAAUCAUGUGAGGGAGUAUCAUACAGAAUAAAGAAGAAGUAUUAAAUAUA